CUCAACGGCCUCGGCCGUUAGUUACGUUAUGCCAUCCAAAGUUUUCCUAUGAAAUUAGUCGAAUUUGUGGAACUGACGUUCUACAUUUGGCUUUUUUCGUCUACAACCAGACCAACACGUGAAUCAACCGGUGAAGACUUGAGGAUAUUUAUCGCGCCACGUGUUUUCUCUUUGGCCUUACACCUUUUCGUGCCGCAUUGCCGUCGUCAAGGAGGUACUCAAAUGCUGAUUUUUUGGAUUACCACGGUGCAAAAUGAAGAGAGUUAUUCUCUUCGUGAACGGCACGACGGUCAACGGCAAGGCUUUCAUGGUAACGUAUUCUUUGGAGGAAUUGUUGAAAGAAGCUAGCAUGAAAUUCAAAAUUCAAGCCAAACGACUCUUUACUCCACAAGGAGGUGAAAUCGAUGAUUGUAAUCUUAUAAGAGAUGAUGACCUGCUGUAUGUAUCUUGUGGUGAAGAUUUUGCUUGGAGUAGUGUAGAUCUACCUAAACGCAAUGAAAACUCAGAUUGGAUAACUUUGAAUGUUGGGGGACAGUGUUUUUCUACUACGAGAAGCACAUUGAUUAAUAAGGAGCCUACGAGCAUGCUGGCUAGAAUGUUUGCUGGAAACGAUCAAAAUGAAUUUAGAAUAGAACCAAGUAAAAAGGACAAAACUGGAGCUUAUUUGAUUGAUAGAAGUCCCGCAUAUUUUGAACCAAUACUAAAUUAUUUACGACAUGGACAACUUAUAAUCGAUCCAUCUCAGAAUCCAGAAGGUGUACUACAAGAAGCCAGGUUUUAUGGGAUUGAAGGAGCAAUUGAAAUUUUGGAACAAACAGCUAGAAAAGAACAUGAUAAAAAACACACAUCUCCGUUAACAAGAACUGACAUUUUAAAAUCCAUAAUGCAGACACCUACGAGUGCUGAAUUGCGAUUUCAAGGCGUAAAUUUGGCAGGUGCAGAUAUUUCGCGCCUGGACUUACGAAACAUUAAUUUUAAGUAUGCAAACUUGCAUGGAUGCGACUUGAGCGGCGCUAACUUGACGGGCUGCUGUCUUGAGCGAGCCGACUUGUCGUCAGCAAAUCUGGAGGGCGCGCAUCUGGUAUGCGUCAAGAUGCUCUGCGCUAAUCUUGAAGGUGCCAAUCUUCAUGCUUGUAAUUUUGAAGAUCCCGGUGGUUUGUCGGCCAAUAUGGAAGGAGUUAAUCUCAAAAACGCAAAUCUUGAGGGCAGCAACAUGGCCGGCGUUAAUUUGCGCGUAGCUACUUUGAAAAAUGCUGUGCUCAAGAAUUGUGAUCUUAGGGGUGCUAUACUCGCCGGUGCAGAUUUAGAGUGUUGCAACCUAUCAGGUUCAGAUCUCCAUGAAGCAAACCUACGGGGAGCCAAUUUAAAGAACGCAACUUUCGAGUUGAUGCUAACGCCACUACACAUGUCACAGACAAUCAGGUAAUGUAAGGAAAAAAAAUUGGAAGAAUCCAAGCUUGAUUGAAAGCCUAUUUUAUAUAGACUUUUGUAAACGCUGAACUUUUCAAUUAAGGUCAUCGUACCCUCUAUA